UCUAACUAUAUAUUGUAUAUAUUGUAAUUAUAUGUUGUAUGUUUCCUCCUCCAGAUGCUCCAAAGCUUCCCUCUGUGUCAGUGAGUCCCUCUGCUGAGAUAGUGGAGGGCAGUUCAGUGAAUCUGACCUGUAGCAGUGAUGCUAACCCAGCAGCUAGUUACACCUGGUACAAGGAGGAUGUCAUCAACCCUCUCAGGGACCAAAAACAACAUUUUUUCAGCUCCAUCCUGCCCUCUGACUCUGGAAAGUAUUACUGUACAGCUGAUAAUGACCUGGGACAAAAGAGAUCUGAAAGCAGAAACAUUGAUGUGAAAUAUCCUCCAAAGCUUCCCUCUGUGUCAGUGAGUCCCUCUGCUGAGAUAGUGGAGGGCAGUUCAGUGACUCUGACCUGUAGCAGUGAUGCUAACCCAGCAGCUAAAUACACCUGGUACAAGGAGGAUGAAGACUCACCUAAAGCAUCAGGACACAACUUCACCAUCAGCAACAUCAGACCUGAGCACAGUGGGAGUUAUUACUGUGUGGCCCACAACAGCAGAGGACGUCAUAAUGUCACCUUACAGCUGACUGUCAGGGAAGAUUUCCCGCAGGCGGCAAAACUAGCUGUCACUGGAAUAACUCUUGUGGUUUUCCUAGUUAUUAUAUGCCUCUUGGUCUUUUUCCUGCUUGCAAAAAAGAAGCCCUCAGCAUUAUUUCCUGUGCCUGGAAACAGACGGGACAACAACAACAAGGUUUCCUGCACAUCUCCAAGUCAGCACACAGGGAAGACAGAGUCUCCACCCAGUCACUCAGAGGAAGAUGAAGAGCUUAACUAUGCUAGUGUCCGAUUCUCAACGAACCAGACUGAUCCCAUUUAUUACAACAUCCGAUCAGCUGGAUCCCGCAGACAAAAGGUGAAAGAGGAGGAUGAGCAUGUAGAGUACGCUGCAGUCAACUUCAGUCCUGCCCUGAGAACUGUACACCAGGACAGUGAGGAGGAUCUGUCUGAAUUGUACAGCACAGUCAAGAAAAUCUGAUAAAAGCAAAAGGAAGCCGAACUGUGGACCAUUCUUUAAUUGUCAGUUCCUAAUAGAGCUACUGGACAGUAGAUAUGAUUCUACAAUAUAAUUUUGGUCAGGCGUUCAUUGUCCCCUGGGGGUAACCGCUGUGGACUUGAUUGUCUGAUUUCAUCUGAAGUUUUGUACUACACCUCUAGUUUUAACUUCAACUGAUAUUUCUUCAAAAGAGUGUCCAGAUGUUUGGGGAGUAGAGGUUAUUUUGUCAUUUUCUUUGAAACUACUUGUUCAACACUGGAAAAAACAACAAGUCCAUUCAAGAUUUUUCAGGUUCUUAAAGUUUGGUACAAAUAUUCAGGUUAUCUGUUGCUGUCUAUUGCCAAGAUUUAGUGCAAACCUUCAUGUCCAUCUUCUGAUCCACCAUCAGGCAAAAAAUUCAUCUCACACGUUUGUUGGAAGUCAUGUAUACUUGACUAAAAUGUAUAUUUCUUUUAGUUUCAUGAGACAUAGGAAAUGUUUUUGCACUGCAGCACUGUAUGUAAUAGCUAAUACAUGGUAAGCUUGUAUUUAUUAAUAUUAUUAAUAUUAUUGUUGUUGUAAUACAUCAGUAUGCUGAGUUAAAGAGCACCGAGUUAUUGGAAAAGAACAUGCGUCCUGUUUCCACUCCAUAGUAGUACAGAAUAAUAUUUUACACACUUUCCACGAUUCACUUUAGUUCUGUCUGUUUUAUAUUUUGUCUGCAUCAUUCCUGCUCUCAGUUGUUUAAUUGUAAUUUGCUUAAAGUAAAACCAUCAUUAUUUAAAAGAACUCUUCUGUUUCCUGUUGUUAACUCUGAUGGCGGUUUUGAAUGUUGUUUUAAAUGCAUUCUUUUCACACUGAUUGUUUAUAACAUGCUUUACAAAUAGAAUAAUCUUUACAUCUGA